AUGGGCUUUGAUAUUCAAAGAUUUCCCAAUGUUAUCGAUGAAGAAUUAAUUUGUUCUAUUUGUCGCGGCGUUCUACAAGAUCCUCUUCAAAUACCAUCAUGUGAACAUACUUUUUGUCGAACUUGCAUUGAAGAAUGGCUUUCACAAACUCAAACAUGUCCCAUCGAUCGAACACCAAUAGAAAUCAAUCAAUUAAAGCUCGUACCACGAAUUCUUAAAAAUUUACUUAAUCGUUUAGAAAUCAAGUGUGAAAAUGAAGGUUGUAUAACAAUAGUCAAAUUAGAUGUUCUUGCAAAUCAUCUAACUGAUUGUGAGUAUAAUAAAAACAUAUUAAUUCAAUGCGAAAAUGGUUGUGGACUGAUAUUUAAUUUAAAUAUUAAAAAAACAACAAAGGAUCAUAAUUGUAUUCAAGCAUUAAACAACGAACUUAAUAAUGUUAAAAAUGAAUUAGAAAAAUAUCGAAAUGAUGUCGAUUUUUAUAAAACUGAAAUAUCUACACUUCAGGAAUUUAUUCGUCUUAAUCGUGCUAAUACUUCAACAAUAUCAUAUUCUUUUGAAGAUAUAGAAAAUCAUGAAAUAUUACGGUAUGAAAAUAACUAUACAGAUAAAUAUUUAAAUUAA